GGCGGGGCAGGAAGAGAGCAGUGCCCGGCCGCGCCUGCGCACGGCCGCUGUGGCGUCGUCGCCGCUCGAUCUCCUUAGAACCCGCGCGGCUGUCGGGCUCGCAGCCCGUUGCUCCGUCGUCAGGGAAACCGCAGUUUCUCUCUGGUUACAAGCAGAACCCAAAGCAAGAUCUAUUUUCAUUAUCUGCCACAUCUGGGCUUUCUAAGUGUGUUGAGAAGAUGGUGAAUGUCCUGAAGGGUGUUCUUAUAGAAUGUGAUCCAGCCAUGAAGCAAUUCCUGCUGUACUUGGAUGAGUCAAAUGCCCUGGGGAAGAAGUUCAUCAUACAAGACCUGGAUGAAACGCAUGUUUUUGUGUUAGCUGAGUUGGUUAACUUCCUCCAGGAGAGAGUGGGCGAGUUAAUGGACCAGAACUCUUUUCCUAUAACACAAAAGUAAAGAGACUAGAAAGCGAAUUGACUAUUCCGAAAUUGCAAGCAACACACAGGGAAUCAAAAGAGUUUUAUUGUUCAUUCUCUGCAUGACUGAUUAGGGAGUCUUAGAGAGAAGACUAUAAACACUUUUGUUACUAUAACAAAAUGGAUUGUUUCCAUAGACUAAAUACUUUUGAAUUGGCUUUUUGCCAUUUUGAGAGAGACUUGAAAGACAGGUUACCUUUCAGAGUUUGCUAGUCUGAAGGAUUUUCUGAUUCCUAGGGGUUUGUUUGUUUUUUAAAUACCAUGUGUUCCUUUAGCCUCUUCCAUUUCUUGUCAAAUUACAUUAUCUUAAAACAGGGGGUAAUGGUUUCUUAUUUAUCAGCAUUUCCUUAGAAUAUUGUGUGGGUUUCACAUUCCUGCAGUUGAGAUUAGAGCAGAUUAUAGUAUGAUUGACUCUGAUUAAACCAUCUGUAUUAAAAUGUUACUUUGUGUGACUGAUAACACCCUAAGUAAGUUGAGUGCGUGAUGAUAUGGAGUACUUAGCUUUUUUUUUUUAAAUAUUUGAUGUACCAAAAUAAAUAAAAUGUUUUCCCCUCAGUUUCUUAAA